AUGCAAACAAAUGUCUCAGGAGCAGUAAAUAUUGAAGAAUUAUUAAAUAAAAUUGAAAAUGUAUUUGGUAAAAAUCAGAAAUCACUUUCAAUAAACUCAACAUUUAUUGAGAAAUUUACAACCCUUUUAUUAGAUCCAAAUACUCCUUAUAAAAUUAAACUAUUUACUUUAUCAACACUUUCAAAAUUUUCAAAAAAUGAACAUCAAAUUUUAUAUAAAAAUUUUAAAACGUUUGAUCCAAAGACAUUACCUUUAAUAUUAUCACUAUUACUAUCAACUGGUACAGAUUCACAAAUUUAUAUAUCAAGUAUACCAUUUUUAGUUCAAACAAUCUCUUCACAAGAUCCAAUAACAAGAUCUGCAUCAAUGCCAUCAUUAGCAAUCUCUGCAAGAUAUCAUUCAAAUUCUUUAACAAAUUUACAUAUAAAACCAAUUGAAACUCAAUUAAUUCAAUUCCUUAGUCAUGCAAGUUUAAUUUCUGAUCAAAAACAAUCUUCAAUUGGUUUUUUCAGUAAAAUUGGUAAUACUAGUGCAACACCAGUAACAGAAUUAGAUGGAUCAGUUUCAAUUGAAUUUUUUACAGUAUUAAAUAAUUCAACAAAUUAUACAGAGGAUCAGACUUUUAAUAUUUAUUCAUUUUCAAUUCUAUAUACAUGGUUAAUAAAUUUAUAUAAAAUUAAUAAACAACAAUCUUUAACAAAUACUGAUCAACAAAUUGAACAAUUGGAUCAACAAAUUGAACAACAAUUAGAAUUAAUUGAAAAACAACAGGAUCAACUGCUGCAACAACAACAACAACAACAACAACAACAACAACAACAACAACAACAACAACAACAACAACAACAACAACAACAACAACAACAACAACAUAGAACAUUAAAUCAAUCAUUUCAAAAUACAAUUGUAUCAUAUUGUUUAAGAUUAAUUGAUCAAAGUAAAUUAAAACCAAUUGAUGGUAGUGGUAAUAAUAAUAGUAAUCUAAAUGGUGGUAAUAGUGGUAAUAGCAAUAGUAGUGGUGGUGGUAGUAUGAUUUAUAAUAAACCAAUUCAACAACAAUCAGCAACAGCUAUAGCAUUGGGUAUUGAUGAAAGUGGUGGUGACGAUCUUUCAGUUAUGGCAUUACUUGAAUCAAUUAGAAUUUUAGAUUAUCUUUGUUUAUUAGAUUCAAAUUUAAUUGCAAAAAUAUUUCCAACAGUUCAAAAAGCUUAUCAACUUCAUUUACCAUCUUCAAAAAAUACAAAUGCCACCUCUGGUCAUAUCUUAUUAGCAUUAUUACAAUUCUUUGUAAAUCAUAGUCAUACUUUAGUUUAUGAUCCUGAACCAUUAUUUAAAGUUUAUUUUCAAACUUAUUUACCAAGAACUUAUAUGAAUUCAUUUGUUUCAUUUGAAACAAUUAAUUUUUGUUUAAAAAAUAAAAAAACAUUAUUAAAGAAUAGUAAUGUAUUUAAUUUAUAUUUUCCACCAAUUUUUAAAUGUUUAGCAUGGUUUCCAAAUAGUUUAAGUGGUGAAUUUUCAGAGUUAUUACCAUCAUUUAUUUCACCAAAUUCAUUUAUUGAAGUUUUUCAUUUAUUAUUAGAUUUACCAUUAUUAACAUUAUCAAUGGAAAGUGUAUUGGUUGAACAAAGAAAAUAUGCAUCAAUGGGUAUUGAACAUAAUGAUGUUGGUGUUGAUACAGCUUGGAGUGAAUAUCGUGUACUUUACAACUAUCUAUUACGUAAUGAAUCUGGUGUUAAUAUUAAUUUUUGGUCAACUACAACUCUACCAUUACUUCAACAAUUUUGUAAAAAGAAUCCAGUAACUCCAAGAUCAAUUGGUUCAUGUGAAUUGGUGCCAUUGUUAUUAGAUAUCUAUUUCGAGGUUUUACUAGAAUAUGGUUCAUUAAAUACUUUUGUAACUUUACUUCCAGUGAUUUUCGAACGUAUGGAACAAAUAUUUCCAUAUGAACCUUAUCAAAAACGUAUUAGAGAGAAUUUAAUGUCUCAUCUAUUAUCAAUAUUUAAAAAACAUUCAACAUUAAUUCAAUCAGAAAAAGAAUUAAUUCUAUCAGUUAUUAGUGAAGCUCGUAUGACCUAUAAAGAUAUUGUAACUCUAUCAUUAUCUUUUAUAAUUGGUGAAUAUUGUUCACCUUACGUUUGUCCAACAAUAACUUCUGAUGUUUAUUCAGAUUAUCAUGAAGCUUUAGAAUUAAUAACUUAUGAAAAAAUUAAUACAAUUAAAAUGGAAUCAUUAUCAAAUUCUUCACAAUCAUCAUUACAACAAUCUUCUUUAAUAAUGAAACAACAACAACAACAACAACAAAAACAACAACAACACCAACAAGAACAAUCAUCAUCAUCCAAUAAUAAUAAUAAUGAUAUUAAAAAUAUUGAAAAUAAUGAAAAUGAUAAUGAUAUUGAAAAAUUAAAUAAUGAUAAAAAAAAUAAUGAUAAUGAAAAUGAUCAAAAUCAAAAUUUUAUAAAUAAUUAUAAUUUAAAUUAUAAUUUAAAUAUUAAUAUUUUAAAUAAUAUUAAUAAUUUUAAUUUAAAUAAUAUUAUUGAUAAUGAUGAUUUUGAAAAAUUACAAGAACAAUAUAAUAUUAAUAUAAUGUUAAAUUUAAUUAGUUCCCUUACAAAGAUAGCAUCACGUUGGCCAGAUGCAACAUCUCGUGUAGUUUUAUGUUUAAUGAAAAUUAUUGGUUAUCAACAAUAUUUUGAUCCUCAAGUAAUUCAACGUGCAAAUGAAUCAAUAUCUUUAUUAAAAUAUCCAAGUUUUGCUGCUGCUCUAUAUAGUUGUCAACAACCUCAGAAUGAUUCAUUUCAUUCAACCAUUUCUUCAACUACAAUCGGUCAAACCAUUCAAGAUUGUAAUUCUUCACUUUCAUUUUUAUUAAAUGAUACUUUAAAUUAUAAAUCAAAAAAUACAAUUCAUCCUUUUAUUUUAAAAUAA